AUGACCUUGGAAGACUUUGAAAAAUCGCUUGCGGAGAGUCACGAGCAGAAGGAGUCCGAAGGUAGCAAGGACAAGGAUCGCUCUCGACACCAUCGCCAUCGUCACCACCACCGCCAUCGCAGCUCCUCGAGGUCUAGAGAAACGCGCCAUGGCCGCGACAGACACCACGAGGAUUCCGACAGGCAUAGACAGAAACGAUCGCGGCGAGAUGACAACGGAGAGGACGAAGAGAGUCGGCACAAGAGACGGCAUCGACAUGACAGCUCUCAUGACCGCGACCGUCCCAAGACCGAAGCCGAUCCGGUUGCCUCGAAUAGCAAUGAAUCACACUUGAAACGAGACUCAUGGAUGGAGGCCCCAUCUUCAAUUGACAUCGACUACGUUCAGAGACCUGAACGGCGCCUCCAAGAACAACCGCAGGCAAAGAUGCUAGAAUCCGACCUCACAACAAAAAUACAUCAAAGAGAGAUCAACGACCAUUUACGGGAUCUCAGAGACGGCAAAGUCGCGGAGGAAAUCGAAACCACGACCGCCCAACAUGAUGUUAACUAUACGUUUGGCGACACCGGCUCCCAGUGGAGAAUGACAAAGCUCAAAGCUGUUUAUCGAGAAGCCAAAAAUUCAGGCAGGAAAGUGGAUGAGGUUGCAAUUGAGCGGUUCGGGGACCUGCGCUCUUUCGAUGAUGCACGAGAGGAAGAAGUCGAACUGGACCGAAGGGACACAUAUGGGGAAUCAUACGUGGGCAAAAUAAAACCAAGCGGGGAGCUCUUCCAGGAGAGGAAACUCGAGCAAGGUUCCCGCAGAAGCUCUCGCCAGGAAGAUAAAGACAUUGAACCGAAUGUUCAAGAACAGGGGAAAUCGAUGGAAAUCGAACCCCCUACAGGGACUACACAGCUUCUGGAUGCAACAGCACUCAAUCGGCUUCGCGCGAAGAUGAUGAAGGCAAAAUUGAAGGGAUCAGCCGAAGCUACCGAAUUGGAGGAGCAGUAUAAUGCCGCUGCUGCACUAAUGGCUAAUCGCAAAGAAGGUGAUGUGGUGGUGCUUGGUGUGAUGGAAAACAGAAUGUUGGCCGGCAGCUCCAGGGGUGAGGUAAAACCAGUUGAAAACCGUAGGGGUCGUGAACGUGGUCAGGUUCAGGAGAACGAUGACAUGUCGAUUGAGGAUAUGUUAAGAGAGGAGCGGCGAAGUCGAGGUCAAGCCGGUGGUGAAGGCAUGCGACUCGCCGAGCGGAUCGCGAAAGAUGCAAAAUUCGAUAAUGAUUUGGAAUACAUGGACGACAACGCAGCUAAGCUAGCCAAACGAGUGCAAAAGUCCGAGCUCAACUUGAAAAACACUGCAAUCAGUGAAUUCCACAAGAUGAACAGGGUUUUGGAUAAUUGUCCGCUAUGUCAUCAUGAAGACACGAGCACACCUCCAGUUGCGCCUGUGGUAUCGUUGGCAACUCGCACGUACUUGACAUUGCCUACGGAGCCUGAAAUCAGCGACGGGAGCAGCACAAUCGUCCCAAUUCAACACCGCACAAAUUUACUGGAGUGUGAUGAUGACGAGUGGGAGGAGAUCCGCAACUUUAUGAAAAGCCUGACUCGAAUGUACCAUGACCAAGGCCGAGACGUGAUCUUCUACGAGAAUGCAGCACACCCAGACCGAAAGCGUCAUGCAUCGCUAGAGGUCGUGCCUCUUCCUUACAGCCUAGGUGAAACGUCUCCGGCUUUCUUCAAGGAGGCCAUCUUGUCGGCAGACUCAGAAUGGACGCAGCACCGGAAACUGAUUGAUACUCUUGCCAAGUCUCGACAGGGCCUGGGCAAACUGGCUUUCCGCCGCACGCUGGUGAAGGAGAUGCCAUAUUUCCAUGUCUGGUUUGAACUUGAUGGUGGACUUGGCCAUGUGGUGGAAGACUCGCGCCGCUGGCCACGCGGAGACUUGUUUGCCAGGGAGAUUCUCGGAGGCAUGCUUGAUCUUGAGCCAGACGUGAUCAAGCGCCAGGGUAAAUGGAGUCGCAGUGGUGAUCGUCGAGUUGAGCCGUUUAGGAAACGAUGGCGCAAUUUUCAUAUACAAAUUUGCACAAUGACCCGACCAAAGGCCCUUUUGUUGGGCAACAUCGACCACGCUGGAAAGACCUGGGAAGCUCUCAGCAACGUCGCCGAGCUCGUAACGACCCAAGCAGCCAACCGGACAGAGUUCAUUCAAGAAUGCAAAGCCGGGAAACUCGACGGCGUGGUUGUCGCAUACCGGACAUUCGGCUCCUUUGGAAUCACAGGGCAGUUUGAUGAGGAGCUGGUGUCGGUGUUGCCUAAAUCAAUGCUGUUCCUAGCUCACUGCGGAGCUGGAUAUGACCAAGUAGACGUGCAUGCCUGCAGCCAGCGCAACCCGCCUAUACGCGUAUCCAACGUGCCCACCGCCGUUGACGAUGCCACAGCAGAUGUCAACAUGUUCUUAAUCAUUGGCGCUCUGCGCAAUUUCAACGCCGGGAUGCACGCUCUCCGCGAGGGCAAAUGGCGCGGUGUGCCUGCCCCUCGCUUGGGACAUGAUCCAGAGGGGAAAGUGUUGGGAAUCUUGGGAAUGGGCGGCAUCGGACGCAAUCUCAAACGAAAAGCCGAAGCAUUUGGCAUGAAAGUUAUCUAUCAUAAUCGGCGGAAGCUCAGCGAGGCACUGGCGGCUGGGGCAGAGUAUGUCUCGUUUGACGAGUUGCUGGCUACGAGCGACGUAAUCAGUCUGAAUCUGCCUCUAAACGCACAUACACGCCACAUUAUCGGCAAACCCGAGUUCGAAAAGAUGAAAGACGACGUCGUUGUCGUCAACACCGCUCGAGGCGCAGUCAUCGACGAAGCUGCCCUUGUAGACGCUCUAGAUAGUGGCAAGGUCUACUCUGCCGGUCUGGAUGUUUUUGAAGAAGAGCCCAAAAUCCAUCCGGGUUUGACGCGAAAUCCGAAUGUGCUGCUUGUGCCGCAUAUGGGUACCUGGUCUGUCGAGACACAAACCUCAAUGGAAGAAUGGGCAAUUGCCAAUGUUCGCCAGGCUGUUGAACAAGGCACGCUGAAGAGCAUUGUGCCCGAACAAGUGGAUCUGUAA